CACAGACCAGUUUCCCGCAUAUAGCUCAGCUAGUGGUAGUUGAGACUUGAAUAUCACUUCAAGGUAGUGCGAUAUACUACAGGUUAUUAAGAAAUAUUGAGUGAAGUUGCGUAGAAGUCAAGAUGAAAUCAAGAUUCCAUUUAUCUUUGGACAAUAUACCGACGCAGUCGAGCUUCGCCUGUCUCUCCCUGAAGUUUGGAAGUGUUCUGUCAGCUUUAAUUUUGAUUUUGUACUCCAUCUUCGCGCUAGCACAAUGCCUGGCAGCACUCAACAUCCUGCCUCCGCAUUGGACGCCAGACGACGUCGACGUCAUGGUGUCCUAUGGCGUCAUCAUUUGUGUGACCAUCGCACACACGGUCACGCUGUUCUUAAGCACCAUCAUGUUGGUGGGCGUACUACGGGAAAAAGUCCAACUGGUGAAGCCCUGGAUUAUCUGGACGUCGCUUCAAGUGUUGGUCUCUUUACUGGUCUUCGUGUUCUGGUCUACCCUCAGCGUCAUUAAACAUUACGGGAAUAACUCUCUCCUCAUCUAUGUCGUCGAGUUUUUGGGCUUGACCGUCCGGUUCUACAUGUUGAUGAUAGUUUCCAGCUUCUACAAGCAUUUGCUAGAGAGAACCCAAGAGGAGAGGGAGAGGUUACGGGAUUUAGUGAAGUCUGAACAUUGGUAUACCGCUGCUUGAAUUAGCGCAAAUAGACACUGGCUGCGUCGGAGCAUAGCAUUGCACUUUGUAUAAAAAAAAAAAAAAAAUUGUAGCUUU